AAUUAAAAACAAGUGUUAGGAGAGUCUUCUUAACGUUGAUGACCUCUGAAGCUAAUACUUCAAAAUUUUUUGUGUUUUAUAAUUUCCAUCAAAUGGCAUAUGCUCAGCAAGUGAGGCCUUCACAGGCUGCUCAGAUACUCCCUGAAGAGGUUGCCUCUGAGCAACAGUCGCUUAUUGUUGUAAAGAAGCUUCUGGCCAUCGCUGUGUCUGGCAUCACAUACCUCAGGGGCAUAUUCCCUGGGAUAGCCUAUGGAAGCAAAUAUGUCGAAGGUCAGAAAGUGAUGAUCCUGAAAGGGAACCUUGAUUGUCCUGGAACUUCUCAGAUACUUCACUGGAUGCAGGGUUGCUUUGAUGCCAUACAGAAGAAAUAUCUGCGAGCAGUCAUAAUGUCUAUCUAUACUGACCCAAGCAACCCUCAGAAAGUGACUGAGUAUUACCAGUUUAAGAUCCAGUACACUACAGAAGGAACACAAGUGGAUUUCGAAAGCAUAAACAACAACCAGAAGUUGUCAACGAUGUCUUUGGGAAACACGAGGAAAGCGAGCAUCUUGCUGGUGAGGAAGCUUUACACCCUGAUGCAGAAUCUGGGUCCUUUGCCAGAAAAUGUGUGCCUCAACAUGAAGCUGGCUUACUAUGAUGAAGUCACUCCUCAGGACUACCAGCCUCCAGGCUUCAGCGAGGCUGUAGGAAACACAAUAGAGUUUGUGCAGGAACCGGUCAAACUGACAAUGGGCAAAGUUGCCACGCCUUACCAUUGUGUGACGUUCGACAUGGCCACAGAGAGACGCAGACUGGAGCAGGUGGAAGAGAGUGUUUCUGUGAAGGAGAAAUGGAUUGUGAAGAUAGAAGAACAAGUAGACGAACCACUGAGUCCUGAGUUGGAACAAGUGGAGGCGGCGGAAAACUACGCUACAGAUGACGAUAACACCGAGAUCCAGAUGGACAUCCAUGAGAAGAAUGAGAGAAGUGCGGAAGUCCCAGAGAUUAUAAUACCAGAAGCCUCAGACAUGGAGUUGGGUGUGAAGAGAACUAGGAGUGGACGGAUAAUCAAGUCCUUUACGGAGACAAAUGUGACUGUGAAGAAUACGCAGCCAACAGCAGCAAAGGAAAAGACGGUUUCUCAGUAUGACAUCCUCAGCAGUCAGGAAUCAUCAUCUGCCUCCGCAGCCGUAAAGAAGCGCAAGUUCAGCGAGCCUAAAGAUCACUAUUGAGUACUGACCUCAGUGCAACGGAAGCACUUUGUUGAUGUAAAGUCAUGUUUUUCAUUUCUGUGACGAGUUGUGCAGUAAGUUUUUUAAGAAAGGAACACUGAUCUGUUUAGGAACAUGUUUUAAAAGCAUUUCGAAGUUAAGACUACAACAGUUAAAGUAUUUGUUUUGACUGUCAUAUGUGUUGCAUCUAUGAUUAUUUACUAACAAAGCUGUGCAGCAGCCACUUUAUAAUAAGUUUGUGAUUAAUUAUUAAAGCAACGAAUAAAUGUGUGUAGCAUUGAGCUGCAAAUUUCAAUAAAAUAUA